GCUGGACUGACACCGAACUGGCACCAAUAUCUGGAUCCUUGAUCAUCACCUCCAAUAGGAAGAUAAAAGGCACCACCACCCUUUUUUACUUACCACUUCCGUCCACAAGUUUUGGAGCGGGAGUUCUCAACCGGUGGCACUACAGAUAAUUCUUGCCUGAUUCCUCAACAUGCUGCAGUAGUCCUGCUGUUUCAGUAGCAGCAGCAGCCAUUAAAACAAUUGUCGAAGAGCACUUUCACCUAGUUUGGAAGUACCUUUCUCUAUUUGUGCGCGAAAAGAGCUAUUUUUAGUAGCAUGAGAGCCAACAUUACAGUGACGGUGAAAAGUCUCUGCGAUCAACCGCCAUCGGUGAUUGGUGUUUGAAUUUUUUUAAAGUUUCCGCUUUUGAAUGGUGGUCUUCCGGUGGAAGUGCGGAAGAACGAAGUGGACAAACAUGUUUUUGAAGACUGUUCUCGUCGAAGUGUUCUUGACUCGCAGCGGUCGCCGCGGACUUUUCUCGUCACCUUUUUAUCCUGUCUGUUUGCUCGAUUGAAUUGUUUGCUCAAACACUGCCCUCUACUUUCUAUACUGUCUCUCUCGCAUUCACGUACACACAUAUAAAGCUCAGGAUUCUUCACAAUGUGUUGGAUCUGCAUUGUUCAAGUGUUCUUUUUUAUAAGCUGCCUGUUUAAAGGCAUCCACUGCCAACAACAAUACAUUCGUGUUCGUCCAAACGACACAGAAAUAGCCGAAAGUCAAAAUGUGGAAUUCCAGUGUCAUGUGGCAAAUAAGGCUGGCACAGUACAAUGGAAUAAAGAAGGAUUUGUGCUGGUUCCUCCCCAAGCGCUAUCGAUCAACGAUCUUCCUGCUGGUAACAACAUCGAGGUCAGACAAGGUGAUAAAGUUGUCCUCUAUUGCAAAGCGGUAGGAAGCAAGCCUCCAACUCAACUCAUCUGGUACAAAAAUGACAAUGAACUUUUUGAUGAAGAUGCCCAGAUGUCUUUCGACGAGGACAAACAUCGUCGUUAUACGACGACCAGCUCAAUCACUCUCUAUCCCGGGGUGGACGACAAUGGUGCUAUCUAUUCCUGUGAAGCUCGUCACCCAGCCUUGGAGAGAUACCUCAGAUGCUCAGUCGCCAUUAAUGUCUUACACGCUCCAGGAAUCCCCCAAAUUGAAGGCUAUAUUGAAGGAGACGUUGUAACAUCUGGAGAUACAUUGACAUUGGCUUGCAUCACACGCGGAGGAAAUCCACCGCCUUAUCUUAUAUGGAAAAGAGGGAAUGUGCAAGUAGACGCCACAUAUACUGUCAGCGGUCAUGUAACAACAAACAUCCAUACAUUCCGGGUGGACGCUUCCGAUAACAAUGGGGUGUAUCGUUGUGAAGCAUCCAGCAUCAUGACUACGGAACCUAUAGCUGCUUCUGUCAAGCUAAGUGUUCACUAUCCUCCAGCAAAUGUGAAAUUGAUUGGACCGCUGGAAGCUCGGAAAGGAGACACAGUAACUUUGACGUGUUCGACCGAAAUUAGCAACCCUCCGUCCCAGAUCACGUGGGUGGUGGACGGAUCCCGUAUAGGUAGUGGUGAGUCCGUGACAACUCGAGUGCAAGAUGGUUGGGUGACCGUCUCCAACCUCACCAUCACACUCACCAGGCAGGAUCCGGAUGUGAAGACUUUUGCAUGCUACGCUGAAAACCCACCAGUGCGAAAAAAGACCUUUCGGACGCAUAAGCUUUCUGUAACUUCAAGGAAUGUAUCUCUAGCAGAUCCCCCUCAGCCGCCGACCAUCCUGGGCUAUGAAGAAGGUUCGCCUCUGCGGGUGGGCGAGCUGAAAACCUUCAACUGCGUUGCCCUGGGCGGCAAUCCACCCGCAACGCUCAAGUGGUACAGAGGCGACAGGGAGGUACGCUAUCAUCCGUGGCGGCAUAUUAGUACUCCGACGAUAAAGACAGGAAGUGGGGUGUCCAGCGAACUUGUUAUCCGAGUGGAACCCAGUGAUAAUGGAAUGGUAUACAAGUGCGAAGCUAAUAACACUGCCACACAAAUGCCUUUGGUCGCCUUCGUCAAAGCUGUCGUUUAUUUUCCUCCUUCUAAUGUAACAAUUACCGUAAAGCCUUGUGAUCCUAAGGCUGGAGAUGAGGUAACUCUAGCGUGCACAUCUAGUAGUAGUAAUCCCCUCGCCCGCAUCUCGUGGAAGAGAGAUGGACGUCACGUGCGUGAUCACGUGGAGGAGACGUUGAGUGCCGAGUAUGGUGCCAUUUCUACACGAAGCGUCCUCACAUUUUCCGUCACAUCUGCAGAUGAUAAGUCUGUUUUCGAAUGCAAAGCUAAGAGUGAUGAUCUUCCUGCUGUAAUAAGUAACGUCACGAUACGCGUUAGACAUAAACCAGAGUUUCCAGAUGCAUACCAAAGAAUUGAUGUGAUAGAAGGCACUAAUGCUACUAUUAACAUCAGCGUAUACGCCUAUCCACCUGUGGCCUGGUUUUCUUGGACAAAAGAUUCUUCAUUAAUACCGCCUGUUUCGGAGAUGGACGAUCACAUGCAUAGGGUGAUGUCUUCUGGUCCAACACUCUUCAUUAUGAACGUCGUGCGAAAGGAUGGAGGGACAUAUGUGUGCAUGGCUGAGAAUGAGGAGGGUACUUCAAAUGCAACUAUUAUUCUCAAUGUGCAAUAUCCAGCAACUGUGAUCAACAUUACGACGAUGGUAGUCGUUGCAGAAGGCGACAAUGCUUUUUUUGAAUGUAGCAUCUCAGCCAAUCCCAUCAUCCCUGACAUGAUAAGGUGGAGUACAAAAGGUGGUGAGGUUAUACUGAAAGAGAACCAGCAGUUCACAGAGAAUGGAAGAUCUCUUCUCACUCUGUUUAACGUAUCGAAGCAAGAUUCUGGCACACUGGAAUGCGAAGCUUUUAAUGGGAUUGGUGAACCGGAUGUGAAAACGGCGAAUUUGAUCGUCUUAUAUAAACCUACCAUCGUGAGGCAUUUAGUGAAUAAUAAAAUAGCGACAGAGCUCUCAACCAAGGUGGAACUGCGCUGCAUUGCAGAAGGUGAUGGCAAUAUCAGUUUUGUAUGGUCCUUCAACAGCACUGUGAUUAUACAAGGUUUAGAUGUUGGUCGAUAUGAUAUUCGAGCAGCAAAGACAACCGAAACCCAGUGGUGUAGCAUACUGACCAUCAAGAGGGUUCGGCAAGAAGACUUCGGUGAAUAUACCUGUGUUGCCAGAAAUCAUCUGGGAUAUGACUUUGUCAAAUUCACGCUUAUAAAGAAAGGCGCUCCAGAGCCUCCAAAAAAUUUAAAAGCAGUGAAUGAGACAACAGAUUCUAUCACACUGGUAUGGACUCCAGGGUUUGAUGGUGGGUCAGAACAGAAUUUCCGAAUCCGAUAUAAGAAAUCCGAUUCAUCAAUCUAUUUCUACAGGGAAGCUCCUACAAACGCAACAUCUUACACUAUAACUGGUUUAGAACCUGGAGCACAAUAUGAUUUCUUCAUCGCUGCUUACAACACCAUCGGUGAAAGUGCCUUCACUGAGGAAGUGAUGACAGUGUCCACAAAAAGCAUAACUGUUGAAGUUACCACCAGCGCUGCUGUGACCAUCUCUGAAGCUGAAAAGCAAAGACGAGCAGGUAAUCGGAUGUGGUUGAUGUCUUCAAUUCUAGGUGGAGUUUCUUUCGUGGUAUCCUGCAUCUGCUGUGUAUGCUGCAUAUGGAGAAAGUGCUCACUUAUCACGUCUGAAGUGAUCAUACCUAUUGCCCAACUUCAAGCGGCACAGGAAGAAGCUCGGGAUGAUAUUUGCAACCGUCUUCUCAUUCGACCUGAGGAAAAGCAAGCAACAUCUGCGGUUGUUGGUGUACAGAAUGAAACUCCCCAAGAACAAGUAGCUCUCAGAGAUUUUCAGGCAGAACAAAGGACUACUUUAAGCUGGGAAGAAACAACAAGGAAUGAGUAUGGAAGAACAAGAUCUCUCAGCUUUGACCAGGGUUGCUACGAGGAGGGGCCCAUUAAAGAAAGCAGGGGUUCCGUCAACAAUAUACACGCAGCAAUGGGUCCCACUACAACGGAAAUAUCUGAUGAGAACCAAAAGUGCCUUGCAGAGACUAAGGAACCAUCAGAUCUAUCAUCUUCUCCUCGCUCAACUAGUCCCGAAAGUCCUCGUUACUCAUCGACUACUUCUUCAGAGUCGUCGGAUACAAGAAGUUCGGUGUACCACGAGAAGACAUCUCUCCAUUCUUUGCAUUCGUUGCAUUCACUGCAUUCAUUGCACUCCCUUAGAAGCACUCUUUCGUUGUCCAGGAGCGCGCAACUCCGUGAUAUAUCUUUUCCAGGUCUGGAAUACAUAACUGUGAAACAUUCUCAUCCGAUCGUGCUUAUCAAUAUCGAACAUGGUGGGAAUUUCCAUAAUACGGAUUCAUGACAGCGGGCACAAACCGUAGCUUUAGAUUUAUCAGCAUUUCCCGUCCCCGAGAGACAGCUCACAUUAAGAUUCACUUGAGUGAAUAUCCUAUAGCUACUCCACUGUUUUAGCCUUCGGUGUCCGCUCAGUUGGGCUUAACAUCGAAACGAGAAUCUAUCCCGAACAAGUGCCUCUGGUUACAAUAUUACACCAGUUAUACCUUCGACAAGAACCGGUUAGAUCCGGAACUGGAGUGUAGGGGAUUCGUCUUUGACUUGCUCACACUCCUUGGUCAGCUCAAAAUAUGCUGGUGCCACUAUACAUGAAAUAGUCACAAAACAAUUGAGAAUGAAAGGAUGAUUUUGUGUAUUUAGUGUAUGACAAUAAUUUUGACAUCUGGACUUGGGAAAGCCAUAUUUUUGCCAAAGUCCUAUUUACACGGUGCAGUUAAUAGCAAAAUAUACCGAUUCACGAAUUGAAUAGCAGUUCUGAUUUUCUAGGAAUUCAUUGUAAAUGUUUAAGUACUGUAUUUAAUUGUGGCUCAGAAAACUGCCAAAAUCCUGUACAGGAACUAAAGCUCACUGAAACGUUAUAGUGAGAAAGGAUAUUGUGGAUUGGGAUUGGUUGUAGAUUUUAAAGGAGUGAAAAUGAAUUUUUAUAUUCAUAUUUAGAAUAAUUAGAGUAAAUAAAACAAUUUAGAUUUUAAGAACAUUCGUUGAAAACUUAAAAUCACUGGAAAAUCACGAUUUCUUAUUUUAUUUUUAGGCAAAAUUUAGUCUUUUACGAAUGUUUGUUUCUAUCUGCAAAUAUAACUUCCAGGGUGUCCCAUUUAUAUGAAAUUACUAAUUUUUAUAAUUCGCCUUCAUAAAAAAAAUGCUUGAGAUUUUAAAUUUGCGUAAACAUUUACAAAUAAAUAAUUCUUAUAAACGGAUAGGUUGGAUUUUUUCAUAUCCAAAACUUAUUCUAAAAGAUACCGGUUACAACUUCUCCUGCAAAUAAAACAGUACAAGAUAUUACAAAUGCUAAAUAAUGGGAAAAUGUUCUUUUUCUACUGUUUCAGAUUUUACAGAAACUGAAUAUUAAAUUUCGACCUUUUUUAUAACACGAAAAUAUUAUUCGGAUUAAUUUAUGAUCAUAUGUUUACCCUCAAUUUCAAACACCAAUAACACCUUGCUCUUAUUAAUACAUUUGCUACGAAUUUUUGUUAACGGCUAAAUAUUGGGUGCUAAUUUUCAAACAUGAAAUUAAAAAAAAAAUAGCAUAUACGCACCUGAAGUAUCUGUCUUCAUCCAUCUUUAACAGAUAUUUAAUUUUCAAAUCUGUAAACAUCUGCCUUACCGAUUGGGAAAAAUCGAAUUUUUUUUUUUAAUUUUUAUGCCUCACACAGGCAUUAUAUGAAACUUGAAGCAUGACAUAUGCAUUCAGUUUGGAUAUAUAUAUAUCAAAAUAGAUUGAUUAAAAAACGCAAGGUAUGUUUCUUAGAACAGCUGGUUUCAUACAUCAUUCUCAGAGCGAUGGUUACUUAUUAGCAGAAAUAUAUCCAGCAAUACAGAACUAUUAGAAUACUCUGAGAAAGCUAGGAGGUUCAAAAUAAGAUACAUAUAAUUUCUAAUUUAUGGUUUUCUAAAGAAUUUGAAAGAUCCCAGAACCCUUUACUAUCAAUUCUAUUUCAUAAUGACGCAGUCGACUCUAGAUGAAACAGAAAUACAAUAAUUUAGCAAAUUUAAGACGUUCAUCAUCAAAUAUUUUAAUGCUGUGCAGAUGGUUGUUUUCAUCGUAUUUUCAAUAUUCCCAAGAGAAUCCUUCUGCGUUAGAAAUAAAUUUUCCUGCACAAUUAACGUAUUACGUUUACUGUUUUAAAAGUAUUAGUCUUUGUGCUCACUUCUUUUGUCUCAGAAUUUUAUGAAAACAUAAUUACAUUUCUGAAAUUGCAGUAUAACCACUUGUUUUCAGAGAUUCAUGAUUUGCAUUUGUGCAUUUUUAUUGUUUGUGAUCUAGGUUGAGAGCUAUAUAGUUUAGCAUUUACAUGCAUAAUCUUUUCACUUUAUCUAUAUAAAAUAUGGGUAUUACUUUAAAUGUGAGGUAUUAAAAUUAACAUAUAUGUGAUGUAAGAUAUUACUAUGUAUUGAAAGCACAAUUUCUAGAGUCGGUUAAAUGCGUCUGUGGUAUCAGACUUGAAUAUUCUCUAAUAUGAAUGUGGUGUAAAUUCUCGGUAGCUUACAGUUUAUAAACUAAGAAAUUGUCUACAUUUUAAGUGGUCAGAAUGCAAUCCUUUAUACAGUUUCAUAGAUAUUAUAACAAAACUUUAUUAAUUUUAAUUAACUAUUUCUCACACAUUUGUGGAGACGGACGUUACAAUUGUAAUGAAUGUGUGAAUGGGACACCCGUAGUUUUACAAACAUAAAGUUUAAUGAUUACAUUACACAAUUACAGGUUUGAUCUCUCGGUUUGUUUUACUUUUAAUUAUUAUAAUCUAUAUCAUUGUGUUAAAAUAUUAUAAGGGAUACAAAUGCAAUUUUUAGAAUUGAGACAAUAUAUAUAACCGGAUUUCUGAUCAGACAAAGAUGGUGAUAUUAUGUGCCAAUGUGUAAAGUUUACUUAUCUAUGCAUUCGAUUUAUCUUCGUGAGGCCUUCUCUGUAUAUAAUUGUAAACUGUUAAUUGUUCUGCUUCUUUAUAAAAUUGAUUUGUUCUCAAUGGAAAUGCAGUUACUCGUUAUGUACUUAUACGAAAGUUAUAUACAUGAAUGCGUUAAUGUUUUUAAAAACAUUGCUUUGGUGUAUUUAAAAAUAUUUAAUUUUGAAGUUGUAUUUGAAAAUAUGGUUAACUGAAGUAAUUGUUUGAUCAUGCGUCUUUUCAACAAGUCUGAAUCAUUUCUAAGAUCAUUUUUUUAUUCUAAGAAAGGAAAAACUACCCGCCUAACGAGUAUAUAAUUUAAAAUUUUGCUCGAUAAACAGAAAUAAACAAGCAACAUAAUUAAUUGAUAGAAAAAUGAAACAUAAUUAAUGUUCAUAGGCAUAUGUAUAAGACAAGUUACAAUAAGAUAGAAAGAUAAUUUUUUAUAAUCCUUACAAUUAAAUGAAACUAAAGAUGUAAGUAAAGCCAAUAUCAUUUUCUAAUUUAUCCUUAUAAAUUUCUAAUUUAUAUGGAUAAAUUAGAAGGAAGAAAAUAAAAAUGAUUUUUGUAGACUAGUCAAAUUUUAAAACAAUAAUUUCAAGACAGAUUUCUUUUAAACAGUUGCUUUAAGAACAAAUAUUUUGUAAAACAUGAAGUAUUAUGCUGCUAUAUAUGAAAAUAAUGUUGCACAUUCGGCUUAUUCUGUCUCAUUUCUUAUAACUCUUGUUUAGCAUAAAAAUUGUAUACCAAUUCACGUAACUUAUUAACAAUUCAUGUAAUUAAAAGUUAUGCUAUAAUCGUAUGAAAGGUGUUCUAGUACUUAAUUUUAAAAUCUGAAUUGUAAUUAGUAGAUAUCGUACUUAUGUAUGUUAAGUAACAUUUUAUGAGAAUAAAAUACUGAUAUAACUAAUAUAACUAAUAACUGAAAAAAUAACAAUUUUCUGAUAUAACUAAUUCAGUUGAUAUUGCAUUUAUUAAAGCCAUUUGCUUAACUCAUCAGUUUGUUUAUUUUAUAAUUUUAAUUCUUAAAAAUAAAGCCUGAAUUUAAAUGUCAUAUCAUUGCUUACUAAUCCUGAACUAUAAUACUAUUUUGACAAAUUUAUACGAAAUACAAAAUAAUGAGAAUGUAACUUUUAAACGUUAUCUUUAAAUUUGUAUAGAUGUUUAUCUUAGUAAAUGUUAUUAACUACUUGAGAAUUAGCAGUAAAUAUAAAGGAAAUUGUGUUCAGUAGUUGUAGUUUUGAGGAAAGUGGUUUAAAAAAAUUUUCAUACAUUUUUAUGAGCACAAAGUAGCUUUUAAAUUACAUUUUAAAAAUAAGUUAUUUUCCCCACAUAAGUUAUUUUAAACUGGUUACCAGAUACACCCGUGAAAUACUUUGAAAUUUAAACUAAAGCUUUUGCUUGUUCCUCAAUUUUUAAUGUAUAGUUAGUUCAAUUGUAGUAGUUAAAGAAAUAGGGUCAUUUCAUUAUAUUCUUUGUUAUGAAUACUUAUAAAUCCUUCCAUAUUCUACGUAUAAAUGUGUACUUUGUUAUUUUAUCUGUAUAAAUGUAAUAGAAUAUUCACCUAUUUUUGCACCAAUAUGUUUAGCAUUUCAUCUGGUUCUAGAUUUACACCAUCAUAUACAUAAAUUCAUCAUAAAUUUACAUACAGUUUGAUUAAUAUAUGGUUUAAAUUUAUGAACAUUUUGUGUGUAUUAUAUGUUUCAUUAUGUUAUUUAGAUACAUGUUUAUAGGUGCAAACUGUUUUCAACAUAGUGAUGCAAGAAUAGUAGCAGUUACAUAGAAAGUUCUCUUUUAAUACAUGCCUUUAUGCUUAACUUGUCAUAAUGAUAUAUACUACUGUGCCAGACAGAUUUUAUGUUUUUUCUAUUAUCAACACGUUAUUCAUUAUCUUCUAUCUAUAUCAAGUUAAGGCAUGUAUUAUUGAAAGCCUUUUACCUUAUACUUUCUCUGGCGGAUUUCAUUUCAGUUAUAAAGAAGAUAGGGUUACUUUUAUUUAUUUUUUUAAUAUAGCUGCAAAAUAAGCAUUCACAAAAGGAAGAUUUCUAAGAGAAGAGCGAGUAUUUUAUUACAUUGCGAAAGCAGCGCACGCGGCCAAAUGUCAUACAUGCUGCACAACACAUUUUUAAAAUUUACAAAUUCAAAAUCUCCGCUAACGUAUUUUUUGCUCUAAGUGUUAUUUAUUUUUCCAUGUCUGGAACAUUUUUCAGAUAUACUUUUUGGUGUUACAUGCACACUUCAGAUAUUCGCAAACAUAUUAUUUACCGCUAUAUUUUACUACAUAUUUCAAUUUCCUAUCCUGCAUGUUUGCACUCGUUUAAAUCACAGUUACUUUCCUGUCUCUGUUUUAAAUUUAUAAUACCCUCAGUAAUCGAUUUAGCUUUUUUAUCAUAAGCAGUUUAGUAUUCCUUCUAACUGCAUUACUUAACUGCUCUUUAUGUGUGCCUUUAAGAAGAAAACAUAGUUAAUAUGCUGUUAUUUACUUACUUUAUUUAUUUCCUUUAUAUUUUUUGUACUUAUAUUCACUUAUUAAUGUUUUAUGAAAAUGCUUUUAUUUCGAUUUUCUCCUGAAAAUAUGCCCUUAAAAAGGCUGUUCAGUUUGUAGCAAUAGCAAUAUCAGUCACAAUUUAAUUUAUGGAUAUUAAUAUUAAACAUUAAUAUAUCAAUAUCAUAAAUUUUGAAUUGUGUUUUCAUUACAAAUUACACUAAAAACUAAGAAACAAGUCAGUUCAUAAAAUCAAAAAUAAACUCCGGAUUUAUAACUAUAUUGGCAUGUUAUAGGAAUUGAUGCGACUAGAAAUGUUAUACUUACAGA